AUGAUUAAAUCCACUUUUUAUACUGUAUUUUUCCUCAUCAUCAUCCUAGGGCUGACGGUGAAAGAGGCUCAAGGACAAGACAGCAUGUGCCAUAAGAUUUUAUCAGAAAUAGAUUGUGGCGCUGGCUCAUGCGGUGCUUUGUGCCAACAAUUAUGGGAAGGAACUGGCAAAUGCUUCCAGUUACUUGACCAGACCUUUGCAUGCCUCUGUAAUUUUCCUUGCAGAUCUUGA